AACCAGGAUGAGUCGGCAAAACGCCGCAGUGCGCGGCUGCCCCGGCCCCGUGGGAGCCUUUGCUGGAAUGGCCAGGGAGGUGAUACUAAUACCGACAGGAGCCAAAGGACGAAAGCUGGCGCCGGCAGACACUCUUCUGCACGCUUUGCGUGUGUAUUAACUUAUUUAAGCCUCCAAACAACCCCGCCAGAUAGGUGUGGCCAUUAUCCCCCUUCUACAGAUAAGUAGACUGAGGCGCGGCGAGCUUUAAAUGAUUUGCCCAAGGUCGUGGAGCCAGUUAACGUGGCCGAGCCCGGGUUCAGCUCCAGGCUGCCCCUCCAGAUUGCAUUUUGUGCUUCACUGCUGGCUGCCUCUGUGCAGCCAAAGUAACUGUCACAAGGAGCCUUCUGGAAUGCUGCUGACAAUGUGUGGGCACUGCCCCAGACACGCGGACUGUCUCAUCGCAUCCUCGCUGCACCACUACGAUGUAGGCGUUGGGGCCAGAAUUAUUGCACUGCUUUUCCAAGGCGACCUGCACAGAGAAGAGCACCGCGUCACUUCUGCGAUGUUCCUGCCAAAGACGCAAAACCUAAAUCUGAUCAGGAGGAGCGACUGGACGAACUCCAACUGAGGAAACUUCUACGAAAUAACUGGCCUGUAAUCUUGCCGUUGCCGGCGUCCAGCUGCCAACUUUCUGCCUGGAUCUGGCUCCUCAUUUCUCCGGCCUUCCCAGACCAAAGUCCUCAGGGUAUGUAACAGCCAUGCCUGUGGACACACUGACUCCGGGAGCCCGGGACACCCCUGCCCUACCUUUCCGCCUGCGGACCAAAGUCCCCGGCUACCUGCUACGGCGGCCAGCAGAUGGUGGAGCCCGGAAACCCAGUGCUGUGGAGCGCCUGGAGGCUGACAAGGCCAAGUACGUCAAGAGCCUGCAUGUGGCCAACACCCGCCAGGAACCUGUGCAGCCCCUGCUGUCCAAACAGCCACUCUUCAGCCCUGGGACUCGCCGCACGGUGCUCACGCCUAGCCGCCGAGUCCUGCCUGGCCCUGGCCGCCGGCCCCAGCUGGACUUGGACAUCCUUAGCAGCCUUAUCGACUUGUGUGAUAGUCCCGCGUCCCCUGCCGAGGCCGGCCGUAACCCUGGACGGACAGAGGGAGCCCACCAGGCGCCCCCAGCCACCCCCCCACGCCCACCGCCCAGUACAGCUGCGGUUCGCCGAGUGGAUGUCCGUCCCCUGCCUGCCUCACCUGCCCAGCCCUGCCCAUCGCCAGGCACUACCACUGCCUCCAGCCCAGCCCGCCCCCCGGGUUUGCAGCGCUCCAAGUCGGAUUUGAGUGAGCGUUUCUCGCGGGCAGCGGCCGACCUUGAGCGAUUUUUUAACUUCUGCGGCCUGGACCCGGAGGAGGCAAGGGGGCUGGGAGUGGCCCACCUGGCGCGGGCUAGCUCAGACAUCGUGUCCCUGGCCGGGCCCAGCGCUGGGCCCGGCAGCUCUGAGGGGGACUGCUCCCGCCGCAGCUCUGCCACUGUUGAGGAGCGGGCGCGGGAGCGGGAGCGCGUCCCCUAUGGCGUGUCGGUGGUAGAGCGUAACGCCCGCGUGAUCAAGUGGCUGUACGGGUUGCGGCAAGCGCGCGAUACCCCAGCAGCUGAGGGCUAGGCUUCCACGGGACGCCGCAUUUGCCACAGACAGAUCUUAGAGAGGCAACUGGCCCCUUGACCUCUUCUGCAUCCAUUCGCGGGCUUGGGGCAGACCGGAGGCUGCUGCCUUGUGUGAACUUGGUGUGGAGGCGGAGCCUCAGAGGCGGGACCAGCAUCCACCUGGCAAGGACUGACUCUGGAGAGAGUUGCCUCUUGACCUUGGGCCACCCUCUGCCCUUCACAUGUAGAGGUUUUGACAUGAGUCCUACUUGGCUCUUAUUGUGGGUUUGGAUUUGGGGCACUUAGCCUUCUCUACGGAGAGUGAGGGGCCAAAGGAUCUUACUAGGCCUAGCGGUUCUGUUUCCUUCUUCCUUGGUCUCUGACGUUUGCUGACGUCCUCUUCCUCUCCCAGGGGGCCCUGGUUCCCUGGGAACUUACUCUGAGUGGGGGCAGGGCCUUGGCAGCCUGGCCUAGGUGGGUAGACUACAGGAGGGACUGAUAGGAGUCUGUACUGCUCUGACUCCCCGCCCCCCCCCCCC